CCGACAUACGGCAACAUGGCGCUUCCACUACCACCUAGUCUGACACCACAGGAGGUAGCAUUUCUCUGCGAAAUGGAGCUCGUCACCAUAAUACCCCGACAGAAGCUGCAAGGGCUAGAGCUGCUAGGAGGUUCUACACCUGUCCUCAACCCUCCUCAAAGAAGCGAUAUUCCCUUGUGGCUUGCACUGCUUCUCAAACGACAACGACGUGCCAACAUUGUCCCGCCAGCCUGGCUGCAUCCCACAUCUCUCACAGCGAUUCUCGAAUUCGAGACCGAACAUUCCAAAGAAGCAUUCUCACCUCCGCCGAAGCUACCCCCUCUCUCGGACGCGCUCCAUGCCACCAGCCCCCCGUUCUUGCCCUCUUCCACCGCCGAAGCACCACCAGAUGCCCUACCAUAUCACUGGUUAGAGAUGGGGGAAAUACUGUUGGAGGCAGCCCCAGAAGACUUCGAAGAGCCGGACCAUGUCAGAAGGCUCAUGCGAGAUCUCCGGGAAGUCCGAAUGGCAAAGCUCAGAACGGGUGUGGAAGUACUUGACGCUGGGGGAGGGGUCAAAAUGAAUGGUGUUGGCGCCAUGGAGAUUGCAGAAGCACGCGCAUUCAUCGGUGGGGUUAUUGAUGGGUUGAGGAAGAUUGGGGCAUCUCGUGAGCAGGCUCGUCGUGAACGAGAGGCCGAGGAGCGCGAGAAUGGUUUCCUCGGAACACAGGAUGAUGAGGAUGAUGAUAUGGAAUUAUGAUCAUGUCCUGACCCUAUAAAGUAUAUUUUCACUUCCGGAACAGUCCAACAUCGCCGAAGCGCAGUCGUUCGUUGUUCAACCAAGACCCCUCUCACACGAGACGAGGAUCAAUAAUAUGCUAUCAGCUUUACCCUGGAAUCGCUUUCCCAGCAAUCCCCCGGCCCAACGGCAUCUCAUCUCAAUCGUCAUGCAGCUGUGGAACGAUGAAAAAUACGAAACACAGAACAGCUGGGAUGAACCUGGGUCUACGUCCGGGCGGGAUAAGGCCCGAAGAUGUCGGGAUAUACCUG